CACUCAAUAGGUGCUUUCCAAUAUUCCACCCCCACAUAGCGGAAAGCCUACUGAACAGCCCUGUACGACCAUGAAAAGAACAUGUGAAAACAUUAUAUCAAUGACCACUAUUGUACACAUCUGGCGGGGGGGGAGGAAAAACAGAAGUAAGCAAUCAACAUUCACAAUCACAGUUGCUUUAUGAGUUGUUUGUUUAGUGAGAAGAACCAGGAACUUCUCCAGAAAAAAAGCACUUGUGACAGAAUACCACCUAUCAGACCCAUCUCUGCAUGCCUUCUUGCUGGACACUUUAUGGAGAUGAACCCAAUAUAUAUUGGUGACCUGAAUCCCUCAGCCCAGCAGUACUCCAGGAUUGAGUCUGAAGAUGGUCUAGAAUUGGAAGAACUGCGGGAAGUGUCCGGCGAUGCCUCGAGUUGUCGCCCAAAAGCGCUGCUGGCGGUGACCUUGCUCUGCUGCCUCCUGCUUUCCAGCAAUGUUGUCCUACUUAACCUGUACAUCAAGCAGUCACGGAUGACGCAAGAGGCUCUGCAGAAUGAAACCAAACUUUGGAAAUAUGAAACCUUUCUGAGUCACAACAACACAGCGCUCGGCGACGAGAUCGAUGAGCUCUCCCGGCGCAACGCGGACCUGCAGAACAAGACCCUGGCGCUGCUCGACACCGAAACCGUCCUGCGCGGCCAAAACGAAAACCUGACGCAGCGCCUUGACCUGUGCUGGGCAGAGAACGGAGCCCUGUCUGCUAUCAACACCAACCUGACGGCUUCCAACGGUGCCCUGAGAGGCCACGUGGAGCUACUGACCGGCCUCAACCGUCGCCUGCAGGGCCGCAUCGCCAACUUGUCUCACUCAGAGAAUGAGCUGUUGGAGACCAAUGCGGAUUUGGCUUCGACUGACGCCAAACUGUUGCAAUGGGUCAAAGAUCUGGAGGCCCUGGAAGCCAAUCUGACCUCGGAGGUGGCCAGGAAGAGCGCGGAGGAGCAUGAUUUGGCCCUGCAGUACGCCACGCUGGAGAAACACUGCCACACAAUACUGCCCUCGUUCCGGGAUCACGGCCACCACCACCACCACCAAAUUACCAGCAACAAUGAUUUGACGGGAAAAUCUAUGUAUUUUCCAUACGGAGUCAACGGCUACGUCACAUUCCAGCCAGAGCAAGUGGGCGCCCUGUCCUCCUUCACCAUUUGUCUGACACAUAGCGCUGACCUCUACUGGGAAGUGUCACUACUGCCCCCAGCUGGCCAGGGGGAUAUGGCUCACUUUCAGUGCCUUUCUCACCAUUGCUGGGUGUCGCUUCACCGGGUGAGCAGGACAAUCCAAGUGUCAGACAUGCCCAGGCAGUCGACGGGCUGGAACCACACAUGCCUCACGUGGAGGGCAGACAGCGCCAUGGUGCAUCUGUGGCUCAACGGAGUCGGUGAUCAGGGACACAGGGAAAGUAAGUGGGGGACGGAGCAGCUGGUUGGAUCCAUCGUGCUGCGACAGAACGGGGGCUCCGGAAUGGUCACCAACCUGCAUGUGUGGAACCACGUGCUGUCCAGUUGUGAGAUCAGGUCACUGAGUGCGGGACUCAGCACCACCUCCGGCAAUGUGUUAAACUGGGCAAACUUAAUGAGCUGGCAGCCCAGUCAGAGUCAGAUCCAGUUAACGCCCCAGGAAAACAUGUGCAGGGCAUCAUACUGAUCUCGGGUGUUGAAGUCCUGUAUCUCCCACAGCGUCUUGACAACCCUCUCCAGAAAAUCAGAUUGAACAUGUCCUAUGCAUCUGUAUAUUUAACAAACUCUUUAGUUUUUAAAGGAAAAUCUACCUUGAAACACAGACUUCCAUAAUGAUAAGUCCAUGGAUAUAAGUACAUCUUGAACCCAGGGAAAAUAUUUCACUUCUUACUGAAUAUAGGUGCUGCACCAGCCCAUGUCAGCCCUUUGUUUGUAUAUUAUAUAAUAUGAAUUAAUUGAAACUGCUAGAAAUGUUCACAAGUGAUUAAGGCAAAAGGUUUUUGAGUUUACUGAAGCGCAAUGGUAGAGUGUGAAAAUAAGUUGGAAUAUGUUCUUUAAAUAGCCCUAUAAUAUUUAUGUGCAUAAUUCCAGAUCUGUUAUGCAAGAGCAGAAUUGCUUAUGUUGACAUCUGAUGAGCACAUAUAUCUCAGUCUCCUCAACCGCUGAACACAGUUGGGAUUGGAAGUCUGUCUGUAACACAAUUUGUUAGUACCUUCAAAGUCACUUUUACCACUAAGUCUCAAUCAGUCAGAAGCAUGUAAUAUAGAUGUUGCUUCAUUUAUUCAAAACUUAUGUAUAAAGCUAAAGCAAUUAAAUUAAAAAAUUCUAACACCUACAUCCAUCCAUUAUGCAUAACCACAGUCCUGGGUGCUGGUGGUCUGGAGCCUGGAGCCUACCCUGGAGACCCUGGAUGGGAUGCUAGAACAUCAUAAUGUAACGCUUCAAUUGUAUUAUAUUUUAUUAACUUUGAAAUAGAUUAAAAUGAAAACUAAUUUUAAAUGACAAAAAAAACACAAUGUCCAGAACCACCCAUGCAGCACGGAUUUUUUCACAUAAGUAUGAUCAACGUUUGUCAGCUACUGAGCGCUUUCAAUUUCCUUUACUCUCUUUGCUGUCAAUUAAAGCUCAAUAAAACAGA